CUUGUGGGAUUUCAUUGGGUAUGUUGUUGUUGUUUAAACCGAGAGCACUUGAUAAGGAAUCUUUUUGAAAAGCAUGUAAUGUAGCAGAUUGUUUAAUGUGAGAACAUAUAUUGAGUAGAUGAUUGAAUUCUAUCUUGGUGAAACAGCUUUCAGCAUAUGUGUUCCGUGUUUCCUUGUUUACGCCUAGAAGCUAAUAAUUCUAAUAGUUUAAAGAACUCAAAUUACGUGUUCACGUCUGCAGGCUUUUCUCUGAGACGUUUACAAUCUUUUUCUUCUUAACUUGCUCCAUCUGAGAAAAGUACUAGAGAUGGCAAAAGAUAAAGUUGCAAGCUUAGGUGCUGAAGUUUCUCAGUCAAAGGAAAAAAUGGCCAAGAAAAUGCAAGAGUUGAACAAAGAGCUGAUUCCUGACAAGAUAUUUGUUCCUAUUCCUGGAUCAUCCUCUAAUUUUAUAUUAGGUCCAUGUUUUAAGACAAUGUUUCCUCCAGAGCUCUCGUCUCUUUACCCCUUAGCUGUAGGAGAGAAGCUACUUCUACACUCCGUGCAACUUGAUUGGUUCGGAGGUAAGUAUCUGGAUUCAUGGCCUUCUAAUAGUAGAUCAUGGAAUGAUUGGGUAGAUAGAGUUGAGAAGGCCAAAGGGGAAGUUUGGAAAUCAGCUGAUAUCUAUGAUGCCAUUCAGUUGUCAAAAAAUGAUAUCUCGAUGGACAAAAAUCUUCUGUAUGCUGCUUUAUGCUAUUGGUCAAUCUCCACAAACUCGUUCCACUUCAGAUUUGGUAUGAUGGGGCCAACAGUACUAGAUAUUGUUGCUUUGACAGGACUUAGGCCACAUGGGGAGGAAGUCAGUGCCAUUCUUGGGAUGGCUGGAUCGACUUGUCAUUUUCCCAAGUAUGGAACAAUUUAUGAUAAUUCCUUGCGUUACAGCAAGUAUCUUGAUGUGUCAAAGUCAGAAACAGCUGUGACAAAGGAAGAACAUUUAUCUUUUCUGUUUACGUGGCUCAGUAAACAUCUGUUCUGUGACUCUUCUGUAAACAUGAUUAAGCAAUGCACAAAACUGGCAUUCGCUCUUGCUGCGGGUAGAAAGCUUGCUUUGGCACCUUUUCUCUUGUCUAAUUUAUAUCAUGGAUGCACUGAAAUCAUUAUGGGCAAGUUUCUAUAUGGAAGAGGUCCAUUCUGGAUCUUGCAAUUCUGGCUACAGUCUUACUUCCCAGAAUUCCAACCUGCUACUUUGGAUACCUGUAAUAUCCCCACCUAUGCUAGUUUCGAGGAAUACUUUCGCUUUUUUCAUAAAUGUGCAUCUAGAACUAUCAGCCAAUUCACCCUGUUUUCUUCUAGGAAGUUUGGACCUGUCUGGUUUAAGAAAUCACUUGAUCCUGACUUCCAAAAACUUAAUAAGCCAGAGCUACAAGAUAUUUGGGCCAGUUAUCUCAUUGCUCGAGACCUCCCUUACAGUAUCCUUCUGGAUGAAUCUUUGAAGUGCAAAUAUGAGGUAGAACAUUACUCUCCAAAUCAGUUUGCCCGACAGUUUGGUAUGACUCAGGCUGUCCCCUUCCACCAAUCGGCCAAUAAACUUCCGAUUAGAAGAAAAGAUUUCCAAUCUGCAGAUUACACUGAAGAAACUGAAUCAAGGUUUUGCCAAUUGAAAAGGAAGUUUUCAUUAGUUCCAUUUGAUACUAAUCCUAGCUCUACUGAGUUCUUUGAUUCCUGGUGGUCCACUUACAUCCAUACUCGGGACAAGACUGCUGUUGAUAUCCUCCGAAAGAUCUCACCUCAUGUCAUGCCCCUCUGUUCAUCUGACAGACAAAAAAUUGCUGCUCCUCAGUACAAUGGUAUUAAAGGCAAUUCCGAAUCUGCAGGAAAAAUUGGCCAGAAUAUGAAGAGGAAAUAUGAAGGGGAUAAUAUUCCAUCGCAAUCUUUGGCUCAGCAAGACGAGCCCAUACAACAAAAGAACUUGAAUGAGGCAGCUGAAAAUAUAGCUACAACAACAUUAUGCAAGAAGACGAAGACUUACUCGAGGAAAUUGUCACCAGGCUCAACUUCUGACAUACCUUCUACAUCAGCCUUCCCUACAAGUUGUACUCCUGCUAAUGAAGACAGGACUAAGGCAGACAUCCAAGUUUCCGCUGUUACACCAAUCUCCACUUCUGACAAAAAUGUUGAGGAAUGCACAGUUUCCCCAUCCUUAGAUAAUACCAGAAGCAAGACAUCUGAUAUUAGUCAACCACCUGACUGUCCUUCGAAAUUUGAUAAUCUAGAAGGCUUCUUUGCUCGAGUUAGUGGAAAAAUUAAAUGUGCUCAACCUCUCGGUUUUACUGCUGAUCGAUCUUCUCCCAUAGAUGACAAGAAAUCCGCCACACUGAAGUCUAAACUGUCAGCAGAAAUGCUUGCCACAGCUAAAGGUGAUAUUAAGAGAUUACUACUCAUACCUUCUCAAGUCAUGCUUCUACCCGGAAACUGUUCAGCAUUAAGCGCAGCACUAUCAGUACAUGCUGGAGCACCGGAUUUAUCAGCUGAGAGAGCGCUUGCCUUGGAGAAACUUAAAGAGAACCUUCCACACUUUUCCUUGACCUUGCGUAGAGCUAAGAAGGAUCAAGAGGAGUAUUAUAAGAAGGUUUCCAAGCAAGUGCUCCUCAUCGACGAGCUCACAAAAGAUCAAGAACUCUAUACUAACCUCAAAGAUGGAAACAACAGACUUGAUAACAAAAUCAGCAAGCUGGAGGCAAGAUUGAAGGCUGCAAAGACAAAAAGAGAAGCAAUCAAGAAGCAACAAUUGAGUUUGGCCAAUAAGUGUUCUGGAAAGUGUAAUGCUCUUGAUGAAAUGGAAGCUGAGUUUCCUGUCCUGAAGGAGAUGAAGGAGCUAGCUGAUUGGGAUAUCGCUCGAUUGGAAGAAAGCUUGAGAGACUUCAAGAGUAAGAUAAUCGAGUGAUCGCUUGUCUAAACCAUUCUUCAUUUUCCAGUAAG